AUGGGUUUGUCUGACAACCAGGAGCUGCAGAUCUUUCAUGCUUUGCUCUUCUUGGUGACAUACUUAUUCAACUCAGCAGGGAACUUCACCAUUAUCACCAUCACAACACUGGACCCACAGCUCCACUCUCCAAUGUAUUACUUUCUGAAGCACCUUUCCAUUCUGGACUUCUCAUCCCUCUCUGUCACAGUUCCCCAGUAUGUUGACAGUUCACUGGCACGAAGUGGCUAUAUUUCAUAUGGACAGUGCAUGAUUCAGGUUUUUCUCUUCACAGCUUUGGCCUGGAGUGAGAUGGCCAUUCUCACAGUGAUGUCUUAUGACCACUAUAUGGCCAUCUGCUUCCCACUGCACUAUGAGGUCAUCAUGAGUCCCAGAAUGGGCACUUGGGCUGUGGCAGCUGUGUGGUUAAGUGGAAGCAUCUCUGGAACUUUAUGUGCAACAGGUGUACUCUCUAUCAGAUUCUGGGGUGACAGAAUUAUUCACCAAUUCUUCUGUGAUGUUGCCCAGUUGCUCAAACUCUCCUGCUCUAAUGAUUACCUUGCAAUAAUGGGAGUGGUUAAUUUUGUGGCUAUAAUGGCCUUUGCUUGCUUUAUUGGGAUUGUCAUCUCCUAUGUCCACAUAUUCUCCACAGUUCUCAGGAUGCCAUCUGCUGAAAGCAGGUCUAAGGUUUUCUCGUCUUGCCUUCCCCAUCUCUUUGUUGUCUCAUUGUUUUUUUCUACAGGAACCUUUACAUAUCUAAAUCCAACCUCAGACUCUCCAACUGCUUUACAGUUUUUAUUCUCUAUCUUUUACACAGUACUACCUCCAACUCUCAACCCUGUUAUUUGCAGUCUAAGAAAUAAGACCCUAAAGAAUGUUGCAAGGAAGUUAUUGUUUAAUACAAAAUAUCACUUGUUGGAAUCAUUAGGCCCAUUGUUUAUUACUGUUUAA